AUGAACAUCUCCGGGACAUUCAAUGUGCUACGGCUACUCAUAAAUCCAGCAUUAUGCCUACCCCAUCACACCGUCGCGACAUUUGAUCAACUACCAGUCCCACUUUCAUCAGCAUUCCAUCGAGCUACUACAAAGACUGGCGACCGCGAUACUCGGCCCGAUAUCAGGGCCGUGGUACUGGACAAAGACAAUUGUUUCGCAGUACCACACACAAACGAGGUUCAUCCAGCCUACACAGAGCGUUUCGCUCAACUGCGCAAGGAGUUCCCUGGCUCGCGGUUACUCAUUGUGUCCAAUUCCUCCGGCACGGAUUCCGACAAGGGCCAUGUCGAUGCGGCUCUUCUCGAGCGCAACACUGGUGUUACGGUCCUGCGUCAUGGCGUAAAGAAACCAGGAUGCCAUGCCGAGAUCAUGAAUUUCCUCCGCAAUGCUCCCGAUACGGGCGUCACUUCGGCAGCGCAAGUUGCCAUCAUCGGCGAUAGGCUCUUCACAGAUGUCCUAAUGGCCAACAUGAUGGGCGCGCAUGGCAUAUGGAUCAGGGAUGGUCCAGUCCCAGAUAAUGGCCUGUUGACUCGUGUAGAGAAAGGUCUUUCAAGUUUCCUACUCCGUCGAGGAUUCGCGCCGCCUUCGCCUCGUAGCGACUUCGAAUAA